AUGCAUAAUGCAGUCCUGAGUUUGAGAAACCAUACUAGUACUGAAAAGGCUUCAAAUCCACUGAGAGGACGGAAUCACGGCAAUUUUAUAAACAGGACAUUCUAUAUUAAGGGAAUUAAACAAAGGAGAACAGUUCUGAGAUUACUGAUUUAUAUCAAUGCAUAA